AUGUCUAGAGGAAACCUCUCCACAACAAUCAAGUUUGUCUUAGUGGGCUUAACAGAGCAGCCAGAGCUCCAGCUGCUUCUCUUCCUCCUGUUCCUGGGAAUUUAUGUGGCAACUGUGGUAGGGAACCUGGGAUUGAUUGUCCUGAUUGCAAUCAGCCCUCUGCUACACAUCCCCAUGUACUAUUUCCUCAGUAGCUUGUCCUUCAUCGAUCUCUGCUGUUCCUCUGUGAUUACCCCCAAAAUGUUGGUGAACUUCCUAGGGAAGAAUAAUAUGAUCCUUUACUCUGAGUGCGUGGCACAGCUCUUUUUCUUUGCGGUCUUUGUGGUGGCUGAAGGCUACCUCUUGACAGCAAUGGCAUAUGACUGCUAUGUUGCAAUCUGUAGCCCUCUGAUUUAUAAUGUGAUCAUGUCCCCUCGGGUCUGCUCAUUACUGGUGUUAGUUGUCUUCAUCCUAGGAUUUCUGUCUGCCUUGGCCCAUACAAGUGCCAUGAUGAAACUGUCCUUCUGUAAAUCCCACAUCAUCAGCCAUUACUUCUGUGAUAUCCUUCCCCUCCUCAAUCUCUCCUGCUCUAAUACACACCUAAAUGAGCUUCUACUUUUCAUCAUUGCAGGGUUUAACACUUUAGUGCCCACUCUAGCUGUCUUCAUCUCCUAUGCCUUUAUCUUUUGCUGUAUCUUUCAUAUCCGGUCCUCAAAGGGCCGGUCAAAAGCUUUUGGCACUUGCAGCUCUCAUCUCAUGGCUGUGGGGAUUUUCUUUGGGUCUAUCACAUUCAUGUAUUUCAAGCCCCCUUCAAGUAACUCACUGGAACAGGAGAAGGUGUCCUCAGUGUUUUAUACCACAGUGAUCCCCAUGCUGAACCCUUUAAUAUAUAGUCUGAGGAACAAGGAUGUAAAGAAAGCAUUAAGUAAGGUUUUGGUGGGGAGGUGA